UGAACAUCCAUUAUCAUUGCCGUCCGUCUCCUUUCCUUGAUCAACUGGGGCCAGCCCUUGACUGAGACAGGAUGGCGAAAGCACUUGCAGCAGAUGCCAAGUACUUCAGUGAUAGAUUCAAGCAAGCCCAACCGCUGCAACUGCAAAGCAUUACGAAAGAUGACGCCACUAUUCAGUUGCAUUUCAAGGAGGCCAAAGCAAUACAGGUGGUGUACUUCCAGCAGGACACUUACCCGAACAGCCCUGCGAUGCUUAUGAGCUCUGAGGAUGACGAUCUUAGCGGCAGAUUGCAAUGCCUGAACGAUCAGUUCGAAGAGUAUGCGCUGCUUUCGGAUGUACUGAAGGCCGUAUGCAGCACACUCGAGUAUGAUACAGAUGCACUUUUGGUUGGAGAGAUAGCUGCAAGCCAAGCCGAGGAAGAAGAUCAGGAUGGAAAUGGCACAUGCUCUGAGGAUGAGGAUGACCAGGGCAACACCUGGGGCAUGGGGGAGAAUGAUGACGAGGAGCUCAUCAGGGAGGUCCUGCAGAAAACAUCCAGGUGGAAGAGGUUGGAGGAGGAGCGGGUGGCAGAGGAGGAGCGGAGGAAGCUGCGAGCGGAGGAGGCUGCCUCCUGCAGUGUGGGGUCUGCAGAGCGCGCUCAAAAGCUGAGCUACCUCGAGAGCAUUGCCAAGCGCAAUCAGAUCUUCAACAUGAACGAGGCCUUCCAGAUGCUCUCCAAGGAGCUGUCCGAGAUGAUGCAGCGCUUGGAUCUGCCCUGGAAGCUGGACGCUGUGCAGGACGAUGCAUACCACUGGGAGGUUGUCUUUCCCCAAUUUGCCGAUAGCAGCCCCUUAACCCAGGACCUGAAGGAGCUGGAGCGGCUGCAAGGGCGCGGCGAGGUGUGCCUGCGGCUGAAGUUCAAGCGGGGGCUGCACCCCUUCUUCCCACCGCAGGUGCAGCUGCUGCGGCCGCGCUGCCUGGGGCCCAUUGCCGGCGCACUGGCGUCCCACCCCAUGCUGCAGCUGUCCAAGUGGGACCCCUGGCGCUCCCAGCGAGACCUCCUCGAGCACCUGCGCACCUUCCUCGAGCGGACGGCGCGCAUAGACGUGGAGAGCCCAUUGAACAGCGCACACAUCCCCGUGGCGUACACUCGGCUGGAGCGUCUGCUGGCCCAUCUGGAGGCCCUCUAUGGCUCCCUUCCAGCCUGCUACAAUGCCUACACUGAUGUGUACAGUGCGAGGGACACUGGAGUGGAUGAGCUGCACCUUCAGGCCAUGGCGCCCUUGACAAAGCGGGCCAAGACGGCAACGGCAGGGGAGGAUGACAAGAGCAAAACAUGGGCGAGCGGGACGGGGUACGGCAGUGGCCGGGGAUUGUUCAGCGCGGAAGUGUGGGACCCGCAGCAGGCAGCCUCUGCCCAGGAUGCACAGGAUGCAGAGCUGCGCCGAGUCAUGUCCAGCCUGGCUGCCGCCCUCGGCUGCGACAUACCCAGCGCCCCGGCCGGCGCAAGCGCAGACGGCCUCCAGCCGUCCUCGUCUGACGGCAGCUUUGAAGCCAUCGGGUCAGAUGAUUCGGACGAGUGUGGGAGUGAAGCCAAUGGACUAUCAGAGGCUGAAAUGGUCAGCGUCGUGGGCUCCUCCUGCCUGAUCCCUGUGCUUGAGUCGCUGCUGAGCGGCGCUUCUUUUACCGACAUGGCCAGCAGGGUGAAGUACUACACAGAUAUUCUUCGCGUGGCCUCCUGCUUGUGUCACCCGAGGACAGCGCACCUGCUCGUCGUGUGCCAGACCCCCGCCGCAGCCGGUGGAGCCCAGACCUCCUUCAUGCAGCUGCUGGACAAUCUGGAGCGCCAGGCGCAGAACUUCCUCUCCGUGCUGCACUCCGCCUCGCGCGCCCGUGGCGGCAUUACCCGCGCGGCCGCCGCCGCUGCUGCCUCGAGCUCAGCGGUGCAGGCCGCGGCCAACCAGCAGGACUUUGAGGAGGAGGAGCGCUGCAGCAAAGCGCUGGCCGACUUCAUUGUUGAAGUCGCCAGGCGUGCAAAGGCAUCGGCUCCGGCGUCCGGGGUGAUUACCAGGAGUGCAGCGGCCGACAGCGGCAGCAACACUCCUGCCAGCAGCAGUGCACAGACGCAGGAGGCUGCCGACGCUGCCUACGUGGAGACGAUGCGGAAGCUGCAGCUGGGCUUUGUUGCGGAUCUGGGCGCGGACAGGAACCACAAGUACGGCAAGUACGCUGCUGCAGAGCAGGCUCAGCCGCGGCCGCGACUGGUGCGUUUGGGCAAGGAGGUGGCCAGCCUCAAUGUGGACCUGCCCCUCAACCCAUCCUCCUCUGUAUUUGCGCGCGUCGACGAGCAGAACAUGACCCUCUGGCAGGCCCUCAUCACCGGGCCCGCCAACACGCCGUACGAGGGCGGCUGCUUCAUUUUUGACUUCUACUUCCCGCCCACCUACCCAACUAUCCCGCCCAGUGUCAACCUCCGCACAACAGGCGGCGGGUCGGUGAGGUUUAAUCCAAACCUUUACAACUGCGGCAAGGUGUGCCUGUCGCUGCUGGGCACUUGGGCCGGGGGCAAGGGCGAGGGCUGGGAGGUGCUGACUUCCUCCGCCCUCCAGGUGCUGGUGAGCAUCCAGUCGCUGAUCCUGGUGGACGAGCCCUACUUCAAUGAGCCGGGCUAUGAGUCCAUCAUGCACGCACCGGAGGGCCGCAAGCAGAACAAGCACUACAACCUCAACAUCAGGGAGCAGACGAUGCACUGGGCGAUCUGGCAGCAGCUGAAGUCGCCGCCGCUGGGUUUUGAGGAAGUGGUGCGCAGCCACUUCAGGCUGCGCAGUGAGCAGGUGCUGGCCACCUGCCAGGCCUGGGUCGCCGAGGCCGAGGCUGACAAGGCAUCCAGCGCCGCCCGCAUGAAGAAAUUCCUCAACGACAUCCGAGGCGAGAUCGCCAAGCUCUGAGCAGCCUGCUGUGCCUUCAUGUGGUGAAGUACCACGAUCUUACAAGGAAGCUCAUGGGGAGUACAUGCAGCAACUCAAGGGGGCCGCUGAGCAGCAAGUGCAGGACUCCUUGCUGCCCCAGUGUGACUUAGUGGGGUGGUGAUCUGGUGGCUAUCUCAUGAGCCUCAGCGCUAAUGAGGGGCGAGGUCCACACAAAGGCCGAAGGCAUGCCCAAAGUGGCUGACGCGUGCCCCGUGGUCUCUGAGCGUCUGUGUGAGACACUUCAGACAGGUUGAACCAGGAUCCAUCAUACAGGUUACUCCUGUUGUACCUUUACGUGGUGCAGUGCUUAACGUAGCAAGCUAGCUCAUGAAGAGCAAUUGUGGCACCCCUAGGGAGGCCUCAGGGGCGCAUAUAUCGCCCACAAAGAGAGGGGCAUGUAAGCAUGGCAACUGGGUCUGGCCUACACCCUGACAAGGGGCGUUGCCCUGUUCGGCGUGCCACACAGCCAGGGCACUGCAAAGAGGCCUGCAGGGUGCUUGAUAUUGUGAGCCACCUUGCAUGGUGAACGUCCUUCUCCGCCCGCUUGCUUGGCGGCCUGGCAGGACUAUCGUGUGCACCCUCAACUUGAAUUUGAUAUGGUGCUUGUAUCGCCCUUUAAGUUUAGAUUGCACUAGUGUGAAGAAAAAUUCACUUGCGCAUGUCGUUUGGCAGCAAGCAGCGCAUUGUAAAUACCUGUACAAAAGCCAUGAGGCAAGGAUCUGUUAGGAUCUGCAAGGAGAAAAAGGUGUUGAUGUUUCUGGUUUCCUCGAUGCUAGGCUGCCCGCAUGUCCACUUCUCUCUGUGCGUACAGCAUGCUACUAGCUACUAGGUAGUACCCACCUACCACCUACCUACCACCCGUGUACAGGAAGCUGCUUGCUUGUCGAUUAAGUGUAUUGUGUACACAUGUAGGAUCCCCUGAGAAAGGGUAAUGGUCUUCAAGGUGAUACUUAAGAAAAACCGAUCCACCUUGAUAGCAAUGUAAACCUUGAUUCGCAUC